CAUGAAACCUCUCCACUGUGAGGUUAAUCAGGAGUCAUGAAUCAAUAGCAGGAUUCUUCAGCACCAAGAAUACAUUCAGCAUGGAUGAAUUCACGCAAGACGCGUUUGCCAACCGGGAUGAGCCUGUGCCACUCAUCGCCGUCACACAGAGUGACCUGGACAUCUCAUCGUCUGAGGCCGAAACUUCGUCAAACGCAUCCAGUCAACGACACCGACUCAAACAAUCACUAUCACCAUCUCGACUAAAAACCAAGGGACAGGAAUUUGCCGCCGCGCACCUGGAUCAACGGAAUCUCGAUGGCACUCCUUCUUCCGCUGAUGGUGGGCUCGGACAGUCUAUCCAAGACCGUCUCUUCUCCAAGAUCCUGGCUCAGGUUGUGCCGACUGAGGAUGUUGACGAUGACAGCUCCCCCAGCACACCUGUCGUCGACCGACGAUCCUCGAAAUAUGUGUCGCGACCGGCAUUCUCACUACCGACCAUGACCAACAAUUUUCGUCGCUUCAACGCUCGAAUCGGAAUUGUGUUCGUCUUUCAAAACCGUAUGAUCCGGCUUUUCACCUGGCGCACCCCUUCACAUACGUUGUCGUUCCUGGCGACGUACAGUUUUGUCUGUCUGGACCCUUACCUUUUAGUCGUCCUCCCCUUGGCUGUUUCACUCCUCUUCAUCAUGGUUCCAGCGUUCACCUCUCGCCACCCGCCUCCGCCCCCACCAACAACGAUAUCAAGUACGACGCCCUACUACCACGACAACUAUGAAGGCCCAGCCCUAGCUCCAGCUCGGACCAUCAAACCAGCUUCAGAAACAUCCAAAGACUUUUUCCGCAACAUGCGCGACCUCCAAAACUGCAUGGCUGAUUUCAGCAACGGGCACGACGCACUCAUCAGCGUGGUGGCGCCCGCCACGAACUUCAGCAACGAGGUCUUUUCAUCCCAGCUCUUCCUCUACCUCACCAUCUUGACCUCCUUAUCCUUCAUCACAGCACACCUUCUCCCAUGGCGCAUGAUAUUCCUCGUCGCCGGAUGGACAUUCAUCGUGUCGAUGCACCCCACAGCUCAAGUCUGGCUAGCACGUCUGCAGAAGCGGGCUGAACGACAAGCAUCACAAGCAUUAUCAGAUCCUAAUUUCAGACAUCGACGGUACAUCCAUGGGAUUCCACUGCCUGCGACCCCGGCCGUCAUGCAAUCGACCGCCCAGUCACUUUCAGCCAUCACUCUAUCCAGCAUGCCAGAUACGCGAGAAGUCGAGAUCUUCGAGCUUCAACAUCGCCCGCUGAUCCCUCUGUCGGGCAAUACAUCUAAUGCGGUGCUGGAAUGGCAACCGCAUUUGUUUUCGAGCACGCCGUACGACCCGCUGUCGCCGUCGAGGAUAUCGGGCGAUCGACCGAGAGGGACGCGGUUUUUUGAAGAUGUGGCUCCGCCUGAGGGAUGGGAGUGGGCCGGCAAGAAAUGGGAACUUGAUCUCGAAGCGGGAGAAUGGGUUAAUGAGAGAUUAGUCGUGGGUGUCGAGUACGACGUCCUGCACCAUCAAGAGGACGAUGAGGAUGAUGACAAGGCCGUCCGCAAUUCCAAGACGGGCAUGACUGAUGGAGCUGCGCUGCAAAAGGUCACGAGCCACCGUCGCGGGUCGGUUAAUCUCGACUUUGGAGGCUGGGUAUGGGAUCUGCCGCCUCCGCCGGGAAGCGGGCUCAGCCGUGACGACGAUCUCUGGCUUGCUUAUGGCGACUAUGACAUCCCAUCGUCGACUGCGGAAAGGGACAAAGAGCAAAAGAAGAGAAAAGGAAAGGACCGGAAGAAGAAAGACCCCAGUGUGGGGAGUACCAGGGACUGGGAAGAAGCUACCGCGUUGGAGAAUAAGGGAAGGACAGGGGAAUGGCGAAGGCGUCGGUGGGUGAGGCUUGUCAAACGGAAGAUGGUCGCUGGUGAAGCGGGCACAUGAGGAAGGGAACUCGCGGCCAAGUUGAAUCGGAUUACAUCUUUCUAAUCUACUAGUACCAUUGAUGGUGGGCCACCGUCCGCAAGCAAGGUCAUUGCUAAACCCUGCAUUCCUGCAAAAUUGUGGCCGAUGUUGCUUGUGACUUCUCCUGCGAUCGGAUUCAUAUCUUGCCGUAG